CACGCUACAUCAACAAGCCACCCACUGCUCACCAACAACCAUCUCAGACAGAGGCCGGAAGCUAAGGCGCGAAUUCGGCAAGCAAGAAAAGUCUUCACUUCCUCCUCGCAUCAAUUAAGAGAUGGAUAAGGCAGGGCAUGAGCAUGUGAUCGGCAUCCCAGUGAGCAACAAGGCGUUCGGCAUUGAGGAGCCGGAUUACCCUAGCGAAGGGGCUGCCUAUCACCACGAUGCGAAGAAUCCAACCACCGCGGGGCGUGCUGGAAAAUUCGGCAGGACCGGAGACAGGGUUGCUCAAGGACUGAAAGAACAUGUGACUCUUGGGCCAAAACUGUACGAGACCGUGAAGGGCAAGCUGUCGCUGGGCGCAAGAAUCCUGCAGGCAGGCGGCGUGGAGAAGGUUUUCCGACGUUGGUUCUCCGUCGAAAAGGGCGAGAAGCUCCUGAAGGCCUCGCAGUGCUACCUGUCCACCACCGCGGGCCCGAUCGCCGGCAUGCUCUUCAUAUCGACGGAGAAGAUCGCCUUCCGUAGCGACCGGUCGCUGGCGCUGACCUCUCCCAGGGGCGACACGGUGCGGGUGCCAUACAAGGUCGCCAUCCCGGUGAGGAGGGUCAAGACGGCGAAGCCGAGCGAGAACAAGCACCGGCCGGAGCAGAAGUACGUGCAGGUCGUGACGGACGACGGCUUCGAGUUCUGGUUCAUGGGGUUCGUCAGCUACCAGGUGUCGCUGCAGCAACUGGAGCAGGCGAUCGCGCAGUCGCAAUGACCUGAAACAUUGUGUCGGUCAGUGCGGUCGGGCGUUGUGUUCGUGGUCUGGUUAAGAGGUUGUGCAUGCGUAAUUACGUAGUAGGCUAAAUUUCUUGGUGGAUUGCCUGGCGUUUUUGGCAUUGGAGCAAGUCCGAUAUACUCGAUAGGAGAAAUUUUAAGUAAAGAAAUUUGUGAUGUUGGGUAAUUCUGCUAUGGCGCCACGGCAAAAGUGGCUCAUAAGCAGUUUACACAUGGAAUGAAAAAGAAAAAAUAGAAAUGUUUGUGCAA